UAUCGUUGAUAUGCUAGGCGGUUUCAAGUCAAGCCACUGGUAUCUAGGCCUUACUGAUGAAGGCUCUGAAGGAGUUUGGAGAUGGGUACAUACAAACGCCACCACUAAAUAUACCGCCUGGUCAAAAGGUCAGCGUCAGCCAGAAGGCGGUACCUCACAGAACUGUGUUGUAUAUAGCUAUGCAGAUUCAUUUCAUUGGCAUGACAUCGGAUGUGCUGCAGAAUGUUCCACCAUAUGCAAGAAAAGAGUCCAGUAAAGGAUCGCAUACGUUAUUGAAUGGCUGAUGUUAUGUAUGUUUAAAUAUGAUAUCACAAUCAUUUGUCAUUGUACUUUACACGCUGUUAAUUAAUUAAGAUGCGUGUUUAUGUGCCUGUUUGCAGGCGUGUUUUACUUGAUCAUUCUGUUAUCGACGAUUGGAGCGAAUAAAUAUAUACAAUUACCUGAAUAAUACAUAAUAUAAUGUCGUCGUGUCUACUUGAAUGUCAAUGUGAUAUUUUCUAAUACUAAGAUUUAUGGACUACAUGUUGAGACAACCGCAACUGCCAAGUUUCUUAUGUGUGUUAUUUUGAGUCGACCAUGCACACUUUAGCUCAUCUGAGGACUUCUCGGCUUCAAAGAUAGCGGAUGAAAAACAAAAGUGCCUCAUGAAUACUUCAUUUUUGGCAUAGGCAUAGGCCCCUACCGACCUUCCGCAAAUCAGCUUUACAGCAUCCCUUUUGUCCAAAGUGGUUAGAUGUUAGAACUUUGAACAGUCAGCAACCUUAAUCAUCUCCUAUUUAAAAGAAACCUUUCCAACUUUUUAAAGCCUCGUUAUUAACAAUGUAUUUCAACACAAUCUUGAAGUUCUUUAUCUCUAAUACUAGUGUUUUAGAUCCAACUAGCAAGACGGUUUUAGUAAAUAUACUUUUUCGUGUAUUUACCAUACAGUAUAUGUUUUAAAGGCUCGUAAUUCAUUUGUUUAGAUUUUGGCUGUCAUGUUAAUUGUUAUGAAUAUGAAACAUAUUUUCUUGUUAAAUCUUUUUUUCGAUAAUUGUUUUCUCAUGUCGUUUUUCAUAAGUUUUAAUUUUUGAUUAACACAAUAGAAACUCUUAUUGAAUCCAUUGUUUUAAUUGUCCCCCUUUAUAGCUCUGGCUGUAUAAGUUCGUUAGUAAUGUUUAAAGCUGUGUUUUCUAGCACCAUUAGUCUCCAUUUGAACAGCAACUCAUAAAAUUGAAAGCCUUAUGUAGCUUUAAGUAUAGCAACAUCUCAUUUUAAUGACUUCAUUCUAAUUAGUAUUCUUUGUACUGAUAAGCUUACCUUUCAAACAGAAUAAAACUUGUUCUUAGAAACAAAGUGUUUAUUUAUCAUUUUUAAGAUGCAUGGUAAAUAUCAACUGAACAUAAGAUAUUUAUCAUUAUGAUUUUGCAAUGGUAAAAUGUCAUGCAUAUAAAAAGUCAGGGAAUACUUUAUCGAGAAUUUCUGAAUAAAAACCGCAGUUGUGAAACCUGCUUAUAAAGACCAUUAUAUUCUCUUCACACUUAUCAAAUGAUAGUUUAGAUUACCUAUAUUGAGAGCCCACCCAUCCAGAAAGUCAACGUUUCCAUUGUCCAAGGUCGGUCUUCAUGGACAUGUUUGACUGUAUAUGUCCCUGCGAUACUUACCCUACACAAAUGUAUAAGAGAACGAUGCAGCUUAUAUUGUAUCUCUAUGCUUGUGGAAUUGUUUCUCAAAACAUAUUGAUAUCAAGGAGUUUGUAAGACUUUGAGAAUUCGUAAAUCUGUUUAACCCUCUCCAUGCUGGACACGACUGAUUCUGUCUUUGCGACCAGUGUAUAUCAUAAUCAACCUGCACAUCCGUGCCUUUUAAACAGUUAAUGGUACUGUCCAAAUUGGAAGAUGGACAUGUUCAUUAUAGAAAUUUAGCAUGGUAAGUGUUAGAGAAACUGUAGUAAAAUACUUUUGUGAACUCAUGAAUACGGACGAAUAUUUUUAUUGCAAUGUUUAUGAGUCAUGAGUCAUGAGUAAUGCAUGCCUUCAAAAGUAACCGAAAACAAAGAGCCACGAUAACAGGAUAAUUGCUCGAAGAUAUGAACCAUGACCACUGGCACCAGAUCAGAAAGAAAAUGCUAUUGUAAAUGUUAUACCUUACCCCUAGGUAUACUAUAAGAACCAUGGUCAUGAACGGGAAAAUGCGUUAACCCAUUUCAAUCGUACAUUUCUCACCUAAAACACGCAUUUCGAUGAAUAGGUGCCAAAUAUAUUGAACAAGCAGUAAUUUGAAGUCAUACAUUGGUACACAUUUGUAUUGUUUAUUUGAUUCACAUUGUACUUUAUGUUGCGUAUACACAUUUUAGCGUACAUGUAUAGUAAAACGACGAAUGCCAUACAUUUUCACAUCAGAAAAUCGGAAUUUUAAUCCAGGCUGGAAAUUCAUUAGGGAAGUUCAUCCAAGUUUUUUUUCUGUAAUGUUGAUGGAACUAUAACCUACGCGUUAUUUCUCUGAGAUAAGAAAUAUAGAAGGAAUUUGACCGGUACACAAUGGAAGCUAAAUUACCACUUGUUCAAUAUCCAUAGUACACAUGUACCGAACUGCGCGUUUUAGGUCAGACAUGCGCGAUUGAAAUGGGUAAGUAUAUUUUCCUGUUCGUGAUCAUGGUUCUUAUAGUAUACCUAGGGGUAGGGUAUAACAUGUAAAGUGGCAUUUUAUUUCUAGUGUUGUGCCAGAGACCAUGACCUGAUGACGGUAAUAUUUUAUCAUAGACGCAGACUAUAUUAAUACACUGCUUUACCUCCAUUUUCGUCUGAGGGGCACAAUGAAGAUCGAAAUUCGUUCGAACAUGAAUGAUUAAUGCAGUUACUUCUGGUAAAAUGAAUAUUUAAUAAAAAUCAUAUUUUUCAGAGUCCAGUAAAGGAUCGCAUACGUUAUUGAAUGGCUGAUGUUAUAUAAAGAGGAUAUCACAAUCAGUUGUCAUUGUACUUUACACGUUGUUGCUAAAUUAAGAUAAAUUAAGAUGCGUGUUUAUGUGCCUGUAUACAGACGUGUUUUACUUAAUCAUUCUGUUACCGACGAUUGGAGCGAAUAAGUCUAUAACAUUACCUGAAUAAUACAUAACAUAAUGUCGUCGUGUCUACUUGAAUGUCAAUGUGAUAUUUUUUCACUGUAUAACCUGUACUAAGAUUUAUGGACUACAUGUUGAGACAACCACAAUUGCCAAGUUUCUUAUGUGUGUUAUUUUAAGUCGAACAUGCACACUUUAGAUGUUAGAACUUUGAACAGUCAGCAACCUUAAUCAUCUCCUAUUUAAAAGAAACCUUUCCAGCUUUUUAAAGCCUCGUUAUUAACAAUGUACUUCAACACAAUCUUGAUCAGUUGGAAGUUCUUUAUCUCUCAGACCAGUGUUGUAGACCCAACUAGCAAGACGGUUUUAGUUAAUAUACUUUUUUUAUGUAUUUUCCAUACAGUAUAUGUUUUAAAGGCUCGUAGUUCAUUUGUUUAAAUUUUGGCUGUCAUGUUAAUUGUUAUGAAUAUGAAACAUAUUUUCUUGUUAAAUCUUUUUUUCGAUAAUUGUUUUCUCAUGUCGUUUUUCAUAGGUUUUAAUGUUUGAUAACACAGUAGAAAAUGUCAUUGAAUCCAUUGCUUUAAUUGUCCCCAUUUAUAGCUCUUGCUGUAUAAGUUCGUUAGUAAUAUUUAUAUAAAGCUGUGUUUUCUAGCACCAUUCUUCUCCAUUUGAACAGCUACUCAUAAAAUUGAAAGCCUUAUAUAGCUUAAGUAUAGCAACAUCUCAUUUUAAUGACUUCAUUCUAAUUAGUAUUCUUUGUACUGAUAAGCUUGCCUUUCAAACAGAAUAAAACUUGUUCUUAGAAACAAA